AGGGAAAGCAUAUCAAGAAAAAAAAUGUCAAUAAAUAAGUUUUACUUUUUUUAGAGCCUCAAUUCUAAAAAUUGUUGCCCAACAGUGUAUGUGUACAUGGACUUGUUCCAAAUACUGAACGUGGAUGUGAAAAAUGGAGUGGGGGAGAUUAAGUUUUUUCUCUACGUCUACUACACAUCACCAAGUGCUGCUUGGGAUCCCAGUUUAUAUGGAGAUGGAUCUAUGGAUAUAAUUUUGGUACCAGCAGGAACUUUCUGGAGCCCCGACAUUGUGAUGUUGCAGACGACUGAGCAGACGUACAGUGGCUUCAGUCGCCAGGGAGUAUACAGCAACGGUACAGUGGUUGCAUAUUCUUCUCUCUUGACAAUGAAGAUGUCCUGUGCUUUUGAUGUCUCCAAAUUCCCUGCCGAUCAGCAGACUUGUCAACUGAAAGCCACACAGUUCUUGUCGACGAGCAGCAACUACCGAAUGGCCGUUGAAGCGAGCUUUUGGAAUGCGGAAUCUGAGAAAUACGAGUUGCCACUUGAUAAUUACAUGAUAAAUGACCAAUGGAUUCUGGAGUUUCCAGCGAUAAUGGCAACGGAAACUAGAAUAUGGAAUGGGAACAUCUUGAAUGGAGUGAUUUCAGAGAUCAGGAUCCGACGCAGACCUGAGUUCUUUACCGCUGCUCUCAUCUUUCCAUUUGCAGCUCUGUAUUUUCUGUCUUCCCUCACUUUCUUCAUCCCGGUGGAAUCCGGUGAAAAGGUUUCGUUCGCGGUCACAGUUCUGCUGGCUCAGAUGGUCAUUUUCGGAAGUCUCCUUGACAUGCUCCCUUUUAGCUCCGUGAAUCUUCCCUUGGCAAUAAAAACUAUGCGGCUAGUGUUCGUACAUUUGUCUGCAAACUGUCUGUCGGCUGUCUUGGUUUUUUCAUCGGCCAACCCAGUCACUCAGCAGCCGGGUCAAGCCCCACCGUAUGCCCAAAGCAACUUUGGAGGAGGGGGUGGAAUGCAGUUGAAUGAGUCGACGCAGAAACUUCUGUUUCAUCCCUUCCCGUCAAUAGCUCACGUGGGUGGACAGCCUUUCAAAAUAUACGACGAGCGGGCUCCCAACGCAGGCAGCGAGGUGUUGCACUUUGGCGUGCAGCAGCCAGUUUGUCAGUGUGGAGCGAUGUGUUGCUUGCUAACUGGCAGAGAAGGCAUGGCUGCCCUCUCCGACCAGUCCAGAAGUCUCAUCGUGAACUUCUCCAUCAACACUCACUGUAUAUGUGCAUAUUACAUGUAUGGAUGUCCCCAGGCCGCCUGCUCGUGGUGUCCAGGCAGCUUCUGUUGGCCUCGCUACAAGUUAGAUGUACAGGGUUGGAACACAUCAGAUGUGCAUCUGCAGUCGAUGGGCGCCGGAUGUUGCGACAGGAGGAACCUGAACUACAGUGUUACCGACGCAGAGGGUCGGCAGCUUCUUUAUACCAGUUCUACGGGAGAUCAAUAUGUAGGAAAUCUGUUCUACGAGAUGUUCCUGGGCGAAGGGAGGAGGGCGGCUACUCUGUCUCGUCUUAGUGACGACAUGCUGGCAUUGGAGUUCACUACAAGCGCUAGCACAGAAGAAAAGAGGCUAAUUACUGGAGCAGCUGCUGCAAUAGCAACUGCACACUUCAUUCGAUAUGUCCCCAUUAGACGUCGAUAAAUUUUUAAUAUAAUGAAUGAAAAGUAAGUUUUGUAAAUACAAAAGAAUGAACCACUCAGCCGAUAUCUCCCCAUUAGACGGUAAUAAUUAUCGGAAACAAAAAAAAGAGGAAAGUUUUGUGAAUAUGAAAACAAAUAAACAGUACUAGCUUUCGCUAGAAGACCUAAAAUUGUAUAUUUCUUUAUUAACUUGUUGGGUGAGCAUUGUAGAAAUGAGGAAUGAAAAAUUCAAGUUGAUCUUUUAUUAUGCUGAAUUCAAUAACUUCAAUAAAUCAUUGAUUUAUUUUUCUCCGAAAGCACUCGGAGUUGGUCAAGCACGAGCUCGAAAUCACUUCAGGCUGCUGUAUCUCCGAGGCAAUUAGCAGGUAAAAUGAAGCAUCGUGUACUGAAGUUUUAUGGGCUAAGCGAGCUGCUGUAUCCGAUCGAUCUCAGUUUUAGCCAGGAUAUUUUAUAGAGUAAGAAAUUUUUGCUCAAAAGAAAACACUGAAGCUUUAUAAAAGCUGAACCAUGCUAUUUUAAAUGACAACUCGAAAAAUAUAAACAAGUUUAGAUUCCGAUAAUAUUCUGACUUCUGAUAACCUAUUCUUGGUGAUUAUGCUUAUAUUCCCUCGCUCAACAACUAAAUAUUU